AGAAGAUCAACAUGGUGGAGGAGAGUGGGAUCCGCGUGGUUCGCUGCGGCGGCAAUAAAAUCAGCUUUAGAGCUCCGAUCAUCUCUAAAGACAGCAGGUUCCUGUUAUGUGCUUCAGGGGAUUUAGUCAAAGUGUUUAGCACCAGCACAGAGGAGUGCGUCCAUGUGCUAGAGGGCCACACAGGCCAAGUCACCGGCGUUAUCUUGAAUCCUACCAACCACCUCCAGGUCUACUCUUGUUCAGCAGAUGGCACUAUUAGACUGUGGGACUUCAUUGAUGGCAUCCUUAUCAAGAUAUUUGUUUGUGGAUGGCCGAUAUUCUCUAUAUAUGUCUCAGAGAAACACGUUGGAAUCGCUUUUAUUACUAUUCACAUGGAAAGUAAGAAACAUGGUGAGAACUUCCAGUUGGUGGCCUUACAUCUUCCCAAAGUGCCGGAGCAAGAGGUCGAAGCAAGAGAGAUGUCGGCUGUUUUGUGUAAUAUCAGCUCCAACCCUGGUUCCACAGCUAUGGGCCGAGGGGGUGAAUAUGUUGCCAGUGUUAUGGGUCGCCAGCUCACUGUGUAUUUCUUCAAGAAGCUGAAGACAUACCGGUUUUCCUUGAAGGCCACUGAUAAGAAAGGUGCCAAAAAUGCCUUCACCUGUGUAGCUUGUCACCCUAAGGAUGACUGCAUCGCUACUGGGCAUGAAGACGGCAAGAUCCGUCUGUGGAGAAACUUCAAUCAGAAAAAAGAGUACACAUAUUCCACUCAACACUGGCACCAUGAUGCUGUAGGCACCUUAUGUUUUACCACAGAAGGCAUGCACCUGCUGAGUGGUGGCGUGGAGUCUGUGCUCGUCCAAUGGCAUUGCGAAGAAGUGAACAAGAAGGAUUUCCUUCCUCGUCUGGGUGGAGCCAUCUCUCAUAUCUGUGUGUCUCCAGAUGGACAGAUGUACAGCACAAGCCACUUGGACAACAAGAUCAACAUCAUUCACUGCAGCCUGAAACUGUCGGCGGUGAUUCAGGGCCUGGUCAAAGGAAACAUUUGGACGGAUCUGAUGAUUGACCCACGCACCAGGGCUCUGGUGAUGAAUGGAAGGCCAGGACACCUUCAGUUCUACUCUCUACAGCAGGACAAACAGCUUUACAGUCUGGACAUUGUGCAGCAGGAGUACAUCAAUCAGGAAGGACUGGACCAGUUUGAGGUGAUGAGGGCAGCGUUCAGUGUCGGAGGCACUUGGCUGGCUACGGUAGAGGAGAGGGGACGCUGCACAUCAGAUCUGGAGUCUUCUCUUAAACUUUGGGUCUACAAUGAGAAAGCUCAAAGCUUUGAGCUGAACACCACCAUAACGGCCGCCCACCAGGACAGGAUUAUGCACAUGUGCUUCAGCCCCUCCACAGAGACCACCAUGCUGGUGACCACAGCCUGGGACAACCAGUUCAAAGUCUGGCUACUGGGACUAGACUCGGACACACAGAAGGAGCACGCAUCCUGGUCAUGUGACUAUGUGGGCAGCUACCAUGGCCUGCAGCCCACUAACUGCUGUUUCUCCAGUGACGGCUCUCUUCUGGCUGUAAGUUUCAAGGAGGUGGUCACCAUCUGGAGUUCAGAUACAUGGGAACUUCUGACCACGCUGUGCCAGCCCCCAGGGCCCAUCAGGGAGCUUUGUUUCGGCCGGCUGAGCUGCUCCAAGUACCUGCUUGGCACCACUGCCAAAAACCUCUUCUGCUGGAACCUCCUCACCUGCUCAUUGGAAUGGAGCACACCGAUGGAUGUGUGCUUGCUGCGGUCAGACCCCCUGUCUGAAAACGUGGUAGCCUUUAGCCUCCACUCUGGAAACACUGACUUGUUUGUUUUUAGACCCAGUGAGCCCCGGCCUCUGUUUACUCAGAAGGCCGUGUGUGGUGGAAAAGUGCAGCGCUGCGUCUUUUCUCCGAGGGAAGAGCCUCUGGACAGCUGUGAUGAGAGAUUCCAGUGGUUGAACAGAUCCCGUCUUUACUUCCUCACAGAGCUAAUGGAGUUAUUGACGUUUAGCACCAAAGCAGAGGAUGAGAGAAUAUUGAACUCAAGGAAGCAGCUUCUGGUUGACGACAGCGUUGCUGUGACACCCUUCUACCUGUUGCUAGGCAAGCACAGGCAGCAGCAGGAGGAGAAGCAAAACUCUGGGGUCAGUCAGGCGGCUGACCGAGUUCAGCCACCUCAGGCAUCUGUAGCCAUUAAAGAGUUGCUGCACACCCCAGCGCAUGUGCUUCCUGCAGCCUCGUUCCUGUGCUCAAUGUUUGUCAAUUCCCUCCUCAUCUCUAACACUGGGAGCAGAGAAGGGAAGGAGCCCGCAGAACAGGUUGAAGAAAGUGAGAAAGAGGAAGAUGAUUCAGAGGAAGAGAUGGAAACGCAUGACUAUGAACAGGAAGUUCGUACACAGGGCUCAGUGGAAGAGGCGCCACCACUGCUGUCCAAAGCGGAAGAAAAAGAACUGCGGAGAGUGCGAAAGACUGACUUCAGCUGGGUCACAAACCUGGCCAGCUCUUAGCCAUGACCCUGUCCACACAGACACACCAUCACCAAUGUCCACGGCUCCAAUGGAAUUAAAAAUAUGUAGGAGUUUCUCCUGUUGGGAUCCACAAAUGAGUUAACAAAGAUGUAGAUUGAGCUGAGAAUUAUUGUAUAUUCUUACUUUUAUAUCAGCAAAGCCUUUAGAAUGAUAACACCCCUGAGUGAAACACACUGUAUGUCCAAAAGUGUCCAGGCACCACUUCUAAUUAGUGAAUUUAGCUACUCUAAGGUGUGCUCACAACUAACACUGCCAUUCAGUUAGGCACACUGUCUGUAUUCUCCAUAAAAAAAAAAAACGUUGACCAAUAGAAUAGAACUUUCUGGCGCAGCUGCGGAUGA